CUGACCCGGGGGGCGGGGCCAGCGGGGCGCGCAGGUAAACAGCCAAGAUGGCGGCCCCGGUGGCGGGUCUCUGCGCCCAGCCCGAACUGGAGCCGGAGCCGGAGCCGGAGCCUGAGCCGGGGGCGGGCGCCAUGGGCCUCACGGCGCUGCCUGGGGAGCUGCUGGAGCUGAUCCUGUGCUCUGUCGCGCUGGGCGCCGCCGACAUCGGCCGCGUCUCCUGCACCUGCCGGCGGCUGCGCGACGCCUGCGCCCCCCGCGGGAAGGUCUGGCGGGAGCGCUUCCGCCUCAGGUGGCCAUCAUUACUGAAAUAUUAUAGCCAGACAGACGGUGUUAAUUGGCUAGAGGAAUAUAAAGCACGCCACAAUGCUGGCUUAGAAGCUCGAAGAAUUGUAUCGUCGUUCUCCAAAAGGUUCUUUUCAGAGCACGUCCCCUGUGAUGGCUUCAGUGACAUUGAAACUCUUGGAUGUCCAAGUCAUUUUUUUGAGGAUGAGCUGAUGUCUAUCCUUAAUAUGGAAGGAAGGAAGGGUCUUACCUGGAAAUACUAUGCAAAAAAAAUUCUAUACUUUCUACGACAGCAGAAUAUUUUAAAAAACCUGAAGGAAUAUCUUCAACGGCCUGUGGACCAGCAGUCAUUUUUGGAAGGUGCUGUCUUAAUUGAUCAGUACUGUAAUCCACUAUCAGACAUCUGUCUGAAAGGUGUCCAGGCCCAAGUGGAUGAUAUCACAGAUAAAGUUCGCAAAGACCUUAGGACAAAAAACCCUAGACAUCCAAGCUUGGCUUCAAAGGCAGGAGAGGUCUUAGUGAUUCCUGAAGUGGAGCUUCAAAGGCAGGUACUUGAUGCUAUGAACUGUGUCCUGUAUGAACAAUUAAAAUACAAAGGAAAUGAGAUGGACUACUACAACUCUCUGAACUCAUAUAUUCACCAGGUUUUGAUCCGCAGGACUGGAAUCCCAAUCAGUUUAUCUAUUCUCUAUUUAACAAUUGCCAGGCAGUUGGGUGUCAAACUUGAGCCAGUCAACUUUCCUAGUCAUUUCCUUUUGAGAUGGCGUCAAGGAAAAGAAGGAAGCACAGAUAUCUUUGACUAUACUUACAUAGAUGCCUUUGGAAAGGGAAAGCAGCUCACUGUGAAAGAAUGUGAGUACCUUAUUGGCCACCAUGUGACUGAGGAGUUUUAUGGAGUGGUGACUUCAAAAGAGGUCUUGCAGCGUAUGGUGGGAAACCUCUUAAACCUUGGAAAGCGAGAAAGUACUGAUCAGUCUUACCAACUCUUGAGGGACUCUUUGGAUCUAUAUCUGGCUAUGUAUCCAGACAAUGUGCAGCAUCUAAUGCUCCAAGCUAGGUUAUACUUCCACCUGGGAAUCUGGCCAGAAAAGGUUCUGGACAUCCUGCAGCAUAUUCAGGCCUUGGACCCAUCUCAGCAUGGAGCAGUAGGAUAUUUGGUUCAACAUACCCUGGAACAUAUUGAACGCCGGAAAGAGGAAGUGGGGCCAGAGGUGAAGCACCGUUCUGAUGAGAAGCACAAAGAUGUCUGCUUUUCCAUUGGGUUGAUAAUGAAACAUAAGAGAUAUGGCUACAACUGUGUGAUAUAUGGCUGGGAUCCCACCUGCAUGAUGGGACAUGAAUGGAUUAGAAAUAUGAAUGUUCAUAGCCUGCCUCAUGGUCCCCAUCAGCCUUUCUACAAUGUGCUGGUGGAGGAUGGAUCCUGCAGAUAUGCUGCUCAGGAGAACCUGGAAUAUAAUACAGAGCCUCAUGAAAUCCCUCACCCUGAUAUUGGCCGUUAUUUUUCAGAGUUUACAGGCACGCACUACCUAGCAAACACGGAGCUGGAGAUGAGGUAUCCUGAGGAUUUGGAGCUCACAUGUGCAGCAGUCCAAAAGAACUAUAGCUCAAGCAAGGAAUGAACGAACACAAGGACAGAAAAUAGUUUAUCACAGCUGCUGUAUCCUCUGUGGAUGGGAGUAUGGAAGCCAAUUUUCGUGCUGACACCAAGUAUUGCAUUGCACUUUGUAAUAUGUGAUAUAACAUAUAUCCAAUAACUACUCAAUUACCAUCUGCCUACACUUGUCCAAUUAAUUUGGGUUAUGUUGGUUGUCAAGGGCAAGACAUUAAUAAUCCUGAAGUGACAGUCACUAUAUAGAGUGUGGUGUCUCUUUGAGGUCAUGCUUUUACCACUAGUGUGGUAAUUUAUUUUCCAUAUUUAGGAUGUAAGCAUAUUACAUCUCUAGUCUGAAAUAACCCCAUUUUAUGGAUAGGAAGGUUGGUCACAAUUGCAAUUUUUGUAUAGAUACUUUAUAUAUAAUAGUUUUAAUGUCUCUAAAGUUCCAUGAUUGUUACCUGUAUAGUAAUUGUUUCCUGGGUAUUCAUGGUAGUUAGCAUUCCAACUAACAGCCUUCACAGUGGCACUGGAACUUAUAAAAAAAAAAUUGCAAAGUUCAAUAUGGUUGUAGGUUCAACUGUAAUUCCAAAAGACCAGCUAAAAUUAAUGCUUUUAGCAGUCACAGACACAGAACAGAAUCAUUUUGAAGGUGACUUCAUAGCUAUUUUCUAUUUCUCCUAGCUAUGUCCCCAGUAAACUUGUUGGGCCCAUGUUCUAACUCAUAUUUUUCUUCCUAUUAUUAAUUGAUUCCCUUCAUGAUGUUGAAUAUGUGACCUGGUCAUAUGUUCUCCAUGCCUUCAUGUUGUUACAACUUUUUAAAACUUUUAGUUUGCUAAUGGAACAGUCAUUCACAGGUGACAGACUGCUGAAGGCUCUCAUCAGUGAUCUCUAGUUAUCUUAAGUGAUCAGGUCUGAUUGUGCCAUGAAAGCCAGCAGGUACCCAAAUCUGGGAAACAAUGCUGGUGUUUCCUCUAUCUUGAUGUCUUCUUUCUUUCUGUCAAAAAGAACAAUGCCCUUGGAAGGGGGAAAGGAGUCAUUUGUCCAGAUUUGUUGCCUGCAGGAAUUCAGGAAGCCAGAGUUGUAAGGAAACUGAAUGGACAGAGCCUGCAAAGCCUAGAAGGGCGCAUCUACAUGAGACACUGACUGUGCAGUAGCUGAAUAAUACUGUGCAGUAGCACAUCACAGCACCAACUAAUGUGCUAAUUUGCUACUGCACAGUAACAGCUGCACAGUAGCAUCUCAUGUAGAUGCAUGCAAAAUGUAAAAAAAACAGUAUAUGAUUGUUUUCUUUUAAGUUUCCUUAGGAAUUACAUGUGAAGUUGCUUAAGUAUUUAUAAAGGUAUGAAAAAUACAUACAGUAAUUUAGUAUCUAAAUUGAUAACGCUGAACACGCUGCAGUCAUUGUGUCUAAUUACUCUGUGGUUAUAGAGGUGAGACCUAGUUAUCCUACCCUGUAUUGUAAAAUGACACAUUAUUGUACAAUUUUAAAUGUCUCUGUACAUUAAUUUGUGCACACUUCUUUUCAAGAUUAUCAUUGAUCUGCAUGCAGUAUUUUUCUGAAUGUUUAACAAGUGCCCUGUACUUUUACAUAGUGAAGUCUUGGUGAUCUUCCGGGUUCUCAAAACUUGAGGAUACAACAAAGAGAAGAACUGUGUGGUUAGUGCUGAUGACAAGGAAAGAUAACUGAAACAGCACUAUAGGAAAUCAUUCAAAUUGGGUUUAUUAGGAAUUAAGGGGGGGCAGGAGAUGCUGUGAACCUGCUCAUGGUUUGAGAGCCAUAUAGUUAAAUAGUUUUUGCCAAGCGUGAAAAACCGAGAUUUAAAAGUCAAACUCCCUGGUUUGGAGGGGUUGAAUUGUAAAUUAUAGGAUAUCCUGGACAAUUCCCAUAUUUGGAGGGAUUCUGCCAGCAUACAUAGAAACACUGUCUGUGUUUGGUUUUAAUCUCUAGUCCAUUGUGCAUCUUACCUUUUUACAUAGUAGAGAGACAGUAUUAGCGGUUAGGAUUCCUUAGUUCUCUUCCGAGCUCUUGCUCUGUGAAGUUGUGUAAACCAGUUUGCUUUUCUGCACUUCAUUUUUCUUUGGUACAAAGUGAGCAGUCUAAUAUUUGAGCAUUGAUAAAAAUGGUUAGCAAAGCACUGAAAUUCUCAGUCAAGGUGAUAUAUAAAUGCCAAGUAUUAUUCUGCUGUUGAAUAUCUAUGGGAUUUAUAACCAAGCUCCUACACAAGCUCUGGUCAUGUAGGGAUUUAUUUCAGCCGCCUCAUCCAAUGCUGUUUGAUUUUCCUCUGCUUUUAAAAGGUAUCAGCCUCCUUGGAUUAUGAUUGUAAAUAUGUACUUAGAUUGUUUUUAACGGUGUUAUUUAUUCAGUGAUGCUAAACAGGCCCUAAUCGCCUGUUAUGUAAAUCUUUAUUUUGGCACUUUAUAUAUUUUAGAAAGAAUGGAUUUUGGAUCAGAUAUAUCAUAUAGAUGUUUUUGACUCUUUUUUUUCACUGAUUUUUGAAAAUUGUCCCUGAUAACACUUGCUGUAAUAUACUGCAGUGUUUUCAUCUUACAGACUAUUGCAAGCAUACACUAAAAUAAGCUGUGUAGUUAAUUUCUUCAGGCAAAAGUUAUAGGUUUCAUCUAUAACAGAGUAUAGAUUGACCCUGUCUAGACUAUGGAUGUGUGGUUUGGAGAAUAUUAUGUACACAUAGGUAUUUGUGAUUUUUAGGACCCUUAGAACACUGCUGCUUGCCCAUGAAUGGCUGAAAGCUUUCUCUGAAUACAAGAAGGAAAUGGUCCUAUAUAUGGUGAGAUUUAACCCAAAUUAUGGUUCUGCUCUGCAAACCAAUUCUAUAGAGGUGUGGUUUUGUGUAUAAUCAUAGCUUCCUUAUCAUAUGCAUUAAGUUUAUAUGAAACGGUUACAUUUUUCUGUUUGCUAGUCCUGCAAAUUCAGUUUGGGAUCUGAAUUAAAUUUGUUUGUUUUUUUUUCCUUUUACAUUGCCAAUAAUAAAAGUUCUUUAGGAGCAUUUACUGUCUUGGUGACACCUGUGCAGCUCACCUGUUUUCCAUCGUUUCAGAAACGAAGGUGAUAGGAACCUAGUAGGCAGCCUGGUUGCACAAGAAGGAAUUGCUUGCUUGCUAACAGGACCAAAAAAUAGUAGGAACUUGUGAUCAGAAAUGUCAGAGCUGAUUUCUGCGUAGAGAAAAUCGAUCUAAGAGUGCAGUACCAUUUUCAAAAUCACUUCUCAGAGUAGAACAGUACUAGCCACAACUUACCAUCAGUGCAUGCUACCCCAGGAAGAUUAGACUGUUGACAGUAUUACAAGAUGUCAUUUAAGUCAAGCAUACAGCCAAAGCCAAAUUUUUCUUGAGUUGUUUUAGCCUUGAUAAAAACCUGCCUUUAAAACCAUACUGGUUUUGACCUUCCUUAUUUAGGAUGAGCCUUCUAAGUUAAAACACAGCUUUGUAAAGUGAAGUGUGUCCUGUAAAAUGAUUCAUAAACCAUCAGUUUUAAUUAUAUAUAAUGGUACAACUAUUUUUCCCCUAAAGUUCUUUAUGCACUUGCCAUUCCAAAUUGAAUUUAAGCAUAUUGUUGUGGUCUUUGUUUUUGUUGUUUUUGAAGACUUGUUGUAAUUAUGUUAAAUAUUUCUGUAGGUCCACCAUGUUCCAUUUUCCUAAUCACAUUUUUAGUAUCCUGUGUCUAAACCUUUCUGUCUCAAUAGGGAAAAUUAAUUUUCCAUUUGUCCAUCCAUUUGCAGAUGUUAACUGACCUUCUGUAGCUAUCAGCAACAUUUUAACAGCAGGUGCAAUACCCCCGUGUCCAUUGAUCACAUAAUGUUGGUGUGCGAGGAACACAUUUCACUAGCCUGCCAAAAUAAUAAUCCCCCCCCCCCCCCCCAAAAAAAAAAAAAUUCCAGGUGAAAAUAAAUUAUUUCAAGGCAAGUAAGUAUUUAUUAUUGGUUAUUGGACAUUAGACAGGAGGUAAAUCUGAUUUUGAAGAAAUGCCUGUCCAAAGUUGCAGAUAUUUUGCAAAGGUGGCUCCUGUUUCACUUGGAUGCAUACAUCAGCAGGACACUUCCAGCUCAAGUCCUUCAUUUGUGUGCACAUUUUGUAGAACUGGCUCCAGUUCAUACUGUUUACUUUAAAGGAGGCUAUUAAUCCUGGAACUUCUUUAUUUUCUUGAACCAUUGUGUGAGUGGAUCUAGCUAAUAUGAACAGAGAAAAUAUUAUCCACCCUGGUUUAAAAAUAAUGUAGCCUGUUUUCCAGAGAAACUGGAAGACACAGUUCCUCUCUUGUCAUGGACCUCUGCUUAGUAUCUUCUCCACAAAGCAAAGGGGAUAUUCAUAUAUGUCCACACUAGUAUCAAAUUCCUCUUUUCCACACUAAACAUAUAGGCUACUUGCAUAUGGGGGGGUGGGGGGAGGGGAAGAAAAACCAGCACUUUAAACUCAGUGCACUCCCAUGCUGAGGCCAGUGCGUGCCCAAAAGAGGCAUCGUAUUAGUUGGACCUGGCUUUCCCAGUGUCUGUAUAAAGUAAGCGCUUUAGUGGGGAUUUUUAGCACUUGUAUCUAAUAGCUGAUUCAAUCAGCUGUUAGAUAAAAGUGUCAAAAAGCCCUGCUAAAGCAUCCAAUUUAUACAGAUGCUGCGGAGCUGGGUCAAGUAACGCGCUGCUGCAGUAAAGCAUGGGUUUUUUUGUUUUGUCUUUUUCCACGUUUGUCGGUGCCCAUACUGAACAUUUGUGAAAAAAUUGUACUUUCUGCUGCAGCUAAUACCAUUGUCUUCAUCCUUUGUCUCCAGAAUAAUUAAUGUCAAAGGCUACCUCCUGUGUGUCUUUUAGGAGUUCAUUGGAGACCAAUAGUGUAUUUAAUUGUAUUAAAAAUAGCAACUUACAAAGCUUUUGUCAGUGGAUAACGUGCAAUAAGACAGAGAAGAGAAAGGAAUGAGAGGAAAAUUUGGGAGAUCAGUAUAUAUUAGGCUUACAAAAUAUGGAAAGUGGAUGAUAAAUUAGACUGGGCUCCCUUAAAAAAAAUAAUGGCAUAAAUGAUAUGGCAGUACAGUACUAUUCUCAGUUUAUCAGGCUUGUUUUGAGUACAAGACUGAUCAAGACAAGGAAGCUCCUGAACUGCAGGCAUAUCUGGGAAUGCUCACCUAUUCCCAGUUGGGUUUUAAGGGUAAGCACCUGUUACAGAAAGUACUGCUCUUUAUCCCCAAGAUCAAAAAUAAGGGCUUUCAUCCAGUUUCCUCCUCAGAAAAGCUUUAUUCUCCCAUUAAAUGGACAUUCCAAUCCUGAAUGUUCUGGUUUACCCUUGUUUUGAUUUAUUCAAUUGGAGAGGGCAGUGAAUGCUCAAUACUGGAUGCCAGCAUUCAGUUUACUGUGUAACAUAUGCUUCAUAUUCAUGAUGGAGAGUGAACGUAUGGCUGUUGUGACUCAACAGUCUUUUUGAUCCUGCCUGUAUUUCACUUGUACAGUUCUGAAAUGAUGUAGAAUUGGACAACUGUCUUAUAACUGAGAGGGGGAAUGUUCAGUCUCUAAUGGCUGACAUGGUUUUCGAGGUGCUAUAGUUUUUCCCCAACUGUAUUUUAUCCUGCAAUACUUUUUAUUCAGUGGGUGGGCACCUUUGCCCCCAGGUGCUAUGGCUCUCUUCUGACUUCGAAAAUUCCAAUAAAAUAAAUAUUGAUAAUAAAACACA